AGGGGAAUAAGGGAGGAAGUAAAAUUCUCUCGAAUUGCCAAGUUUGUGGGUUUCCAUUCCUGUUCGUGCGAAGAAGUCAGCCGACGUGUUCAAGACUGAGCGGCUGGUUGUGGCUAUUGAUUGGUAUUUGAAAUAAUGGCCGCGCUUUACGCUUGUACCAAGUGCCACCAGCGAUAUCCGUUCGAGGACCUCUCCCAGGGCCAGCAGCUGUGUAAGGAGUGUCGGAUAGCACAUCCAGUAGUCAAGUGUACAUACUGCAGAACUGAAUUCCAACAAGAAAGCAAAACCAACACAAUAUGCAAGAAAUGUGCACAAAAUGUGAAGCAGUUUGGAACACCCAAACCCUGUCAAUAUUGUAACAUUAUCGCAGCCUUCAUUGGUACCAAGUGUCAACGUUGUACAAAUUCAGAGAAGAAGUAUGGGCCACCACAGACAUGUGAACAGUGCAAACAGCAGUGUGCUUUUGAUCGAAAAGAUGAGAGUCGACGAAAGGUAAUGGAAGUUGAUGGAAAACUACUUUGUUGGCUCUGUACACUUUCAUAUAAACGCGUUCUGCAGAAAACAAAAGAACAGAGAAAGAACUUGGGCUCUCACUCCUCCUCGUCUUCAACUUCAUUGCCAGAAAAAGAUCUCUCUAAACAUCACCAUAGUACUAGUCGUCACAAAAUUGGCAGCCUAAGUCCAGAGCAACAGCAUGGAGUUUGGAAAAUGAGCCAUAAGUCGUCGUCAUCUAGUAUUCAAAAUGAAGCUCCAAAGAAAAAGCCAAAACUUGAAACAAAGCCCUCCAAUGGAGACAGCAGCUCAUUAACCCAGUCAAUGGAUUCUGGAGGGACAGACAACUUUGUAAUAAUCAACCAAUUAAAGGAAGAAGUGAUGUCUUUGAAAAGGCUUCUGCAGCAGAAAGAGCAGACUAUCUUGGAAAGAGAUAAAAAGCUGACUGAGUUGAAGGCCGAUUUUCAAUACCAGGAAUCUAAUCUUAGAGCAAAAAUGAACAACAUGGAAAAAGCACACAAAGAUGUGGUGGAACAGCUACAGGCCAAAAAUCGAGAAUUAAUGAAACAAGUUGCAGCAUUAUCCAAGGGUAAAAAGAUAGAGAAGACUGGAAAUGUUUUGCUGUCUCCUUGAAGGGUUCCUUGACAUGAAAGUAUCAUGAAAAUAAAAGCAAAUACUGCCAUGGUAGUAGAAGUUACUGUGAAGUCGUUUCAUUUAGAAAAUGCACCCUGAUUGUUUUCCAAGUGGUUAGAUUUUUUUUAAACUAGCAAUAAGAAACUGUACACUUCAGAGAGGAUUAAUGAUAGGUUAUAAAAUAUCGAACCCCUUUUAUUAUCACCUUGAAUUUGAAUGUUUUAAAAGGGAAGGUGAAUGAAGAUUAAUAAAACUUUUUGUCUAUUGAAGCCUUCUGCAAAUUGCCCUAUUUCCUUGCAAUAAAAAUCUAAAGCAUCACUUUUUUUGACAAGGCAAAUGUUAGUUUUACAGUAAAACAUUUGUACAGAAAAUCUGAGGUCUGACAAAUUUAUUCCUGCUAAUUAAGUGUUCCUCUAAUCCUGUAAGAAAUGCUAAUGGGAACCUGGGAAAGAAUUUGUUUAUAAUGGAGUUCAAAAGUAAAAUGUAAAUUACAUUUCCUAUUUUGAGCAGUGUAAAUACCUUUCUACAGUUUGUCUAUAGAAUAUGCUUUAUGCAAAUCAAAACCAUUAGAAUGUAUAAAAAUGUAUACUGAAGACUCCAAUUUGCCUUUGCAGUCAAUUUUUCCAAUGCUUGUAGAACUCGAAACAGUUGUUGUUUCUGAUACAUUUAACUGACAUUAGAAAUGUUUGAGUGGGAAACUUUUUUUCAGCAACAUUUCAUCUUACUUCCAUCUUAAUUGAUGAAUGUGUUCCAGUGUAUGUGCAAAAAUUGUUUGACUGAAGGGUAGUAUAGAAUAUGCAUGAUAGAGCUGAGAUAAUUGAGACCUUCCUAGAGGGAGGACACAAUUUGUUUCACAUACUUUUCAUUAAAGAGCAAAUCCACUUAUUGAUGUCAUAAUUGUUUCAAUCUCCAUCCAGAAAAGUAUGCUGUCUUUCAUUUCUCUUCGUGUACAUCAAAAUGCAAAUUGAGUUAAUCCUGACUAAAUGUUCUAUUGUGAAAUCAUACAUUCUUUUCUAUUUUUAACAUGCAUGGAUUUCAUCCAGUGUGUGGUUAGAGUUGGAUUUGUGCCUUAGAUAAGUUAGCAUGAACUCACUCUACACCUUUUAAAAUAAAUGUUAAGUUUACAGUGCUAGAGAUAAAUAAUUGCUGUAAAAAGAAAUUUAAAUUGCGUAACUUUUUUCUGAGCAAUCUCGAUCAUUGUUGACAUGAUCCUAUACUAAUAAGGCUGUAACAUGUUAACAUGUUCACAGAUUUAUUUCAUAUAACUUAUAUGGCAAGCUGUUCUCUCAAAUUAUUUCUAACUGAGCUAUUUGU